CGCUCAUACAUGGUCUCUGGCGGUCAUUUGAAGUUUCGGCGAUCGAGGUCAAUUUACCACACUGCAACGUUUACUGUCACCCCUCUCCACCCCGCCCGUCCCUUGAACGUCCAGCAUCAUGUCACUGCGGCCCAAACCGGGGGCAGCCCGAGCCGCCCAAAACCAACAGGUCAUAAAGGACUUGCUGAAGUUGAAUUGCAACAAGACAUGUGCAGAUUGCAAGCGGAAUAAGCAUCCAAGAUGGGCCAGCUGGAAUAUUGGAAUUUUUAUUUGCAUCCGUUGCUCUGGGAUACAUAGAGGCAUGGGGACUCAUGUCAGCCGCGUCAAGUCGGUGGACCUGGAUUCAUGGACCGAUGAACAAUUACAAAGUGUGGUGCGAUGGGGGAAUGCAAGAGCGAACAAGUAUUGGGAAGCUAAAUUGCCUCCUGGCCAUGUCCCAUCCGAAGCGAAGAUCGAAAAUUUUAUAAGGACCAAAUAUGAGUCGAAGAGGUGGGUUAUGGACGGGCCAAUACCCGACCCGUCGACCCUUGAUGGUGAUGGUGAUGAGGACGUGCCAUUAGCUGUUGUGCAAGAAAAGGCAAAAUUGGAGCGAUCAGCAUCACAUCAAGCAACAUCUACCUUAGCACGACCGUCUCCGCCUGCACAACAGCAGUCGAUUAACUUAUUUGAUGAUGAUGCUCCGGCACCUCCUGCUAGACCUAAGACAACUGAUAUACCUGGAACACAUGCACCAACAAAAUCUUCACAGCCAGCAGCAGCUCCGAAGCAAGGCAAGCCUGGCGACUCCCUCCUUGGAUUAGAUUUUUUUGGCACCUCUCAACCCACAACCGCAAGCAGACCAUCGAGCACUCCUUCAGGUCCACCAACUACAGGGCCUUCACGGCCUGACCUUAAACAAUCUAUCCUAUCACUCUACGCAUCUACCCCUAAACCGCAGCCUGCUUCUCAACAUGACCGUACCACGUCAUUCGGGUCUUCACCUUCUUUCCAAUCGCCACAUAAGCCGCAAAACGACGCUUUUGGAGGGCUCACGGACGCUUUUAGCGGCUUAAGUUUUCCACCUUCCGUGUCAUCACCUCCCAAAAAAGAGACAUCAUUUUCUGUUUUUGACUCUUUAACAAGUCAAAAGUCAUUAUCUUCCGUUCCCCAAACAAUGUCUCCGGCGCCAGCAUCAACUGGCAGCGGACUUCUCGAUAUUGCGUCGCCUAAACCCGGAAAGAAGCCGUCGCAAGGUAAAUCUCCAUCUAUCUCAACAGGAUCUACCGGACGGGCCUUUGACCUAAUUGGCGCAACGAUGGGUUCUACGAAAUCAACUACGACCCCGCCUACUGCAUCUAAUGAUAUUCUUGAUCUUUUCUCUUCCCCGCCGGCUACAACCUCGCCCCCAGCCGUAUCGCCACCAAAGCCAAACGAAAUGAACUCCAUUUUCAACCUAUCAUCUUCGAAACCUCAAACUAUCACUCAAUCUCCUCCCUCUAAUGCUGCAACUACAACUAGCAUGCUUUCAAGUGUUAAUAUAGACCCAUGGGGAGGAAACGCCUGGGCAUCCACAGACCCAUCACCACCGACAACCCAACCUACAUCAAUGAUGAGGGUUCCUGACACGCUGACUGCAAACGAUAUAGGUAGCGGCUGGGGUGCUUCGUCUGGUCUUGGAGGAAGUUCCGCUCCCAAGCCUACCCCUACCGUAACUGCGGACGAAGACUUUGGAGGCUGGACCAGUGCAGUGCCAACUGAAACUUCUACUUCUGCACCCAAAGCCAAAACAACAGGUGGUUUUUCAGGGAACGAUGAUCUAUUCUCUAAUGUAUGGGAAUAAACAUGAUGGAGCGCACUACUUACGACGUGACCACGAUAGCAAACUUGAAAAUAGAAGUGACGUAACAAAUAA